CCUUUAAAAAGACCCUGAUGUUUGUCAUUAACCCUUAGAUCAACAAACUGAAGUGUACCUUGUUAUGAAUACUAAGUGUUGUCGGGGAAGUCAUCAUUUUUGGGAUUUUUAUACGUCAUCAUUUUAACACAACACAAGUGCACAUGCUAAUCACAUCUGACACCACAAUGCUAUGAUCACGCAUAGGAAUGAACACUGUUUAUUUUUCUUCCUUUCUGAAAGUCUGUUUAAAAACUAAACAAUGCAUAUCCACAUGAAGAAAUCCCCCCGCCUCGUCUAUCAUAAGACUGAAAGGAAGCACAUGUUCUUCCGUUUUUGUUUUUUUUAGCUUAAGUGUUACCUUCGUCUUUAUCAGAGAACUGAGAAGGCUGUUUUUUCAGAUAAGCUCAACUCAAGAAGUUCUCAACACCAAGCUGAGUCAAGUCGAUGAGCUGAAGAGAAAUGAGUCUAUAUACAGUUGUUUUAGUGUGUAUUAUAUACAACAACCAAGUGUUCGGAAGAGAGGAGCGUGUCACUGUUUACCUGGGCCAGUCAGCGCUCUUGAAGACUGGGUCGGACAGACCUUGGAACCUCACCAGAGUUCAGUGGUCCAUUUAUAAGAACACAACAUACAUCGCGAGUCUAAGGGACAGAAUCGUUACAAUAUUCGACUUUUGGAGGUAUCGGGAUCGACUUGAACUCAACAGCAAUACGGGAGAUUUAACGAUCAAGGAUGUGAGGAUGGACGACACCUUGACAUACACUGUGGACCUGGUCAAUGCUGAUGGUACUCGGCCACAACAUAAAGUUCAUCUCACAGUAAAAGAAAGACUAGAGAAACCAAAAAUCCACAAAAUGCUUUAUUCCCUCAGCGACGGACAAUGCCACGUGGCCCUUAACUGCACUGUGCCUGGCCGAAAUGUGAUUUUGUCCUGGACACCUGAUGGAUAUUUCAACGGAUCGUACCUAUCAGGAAACCCGACCUCUACGAACCCGCUCUCAGUUGUCUUCAUCUCAUUUAGAGGUACUGGAAACGUGACGUUCAACUGCACUGCAUCCAGUCAAGAGCAGGUGGAGAGCACAUUGAUGACAGUGGGAUGUUCGGAAAACCCCCAGAUGUGUGAAGUCUGCAGCUUUUGCAGACCGUGCAGCACCGGUGGUUUCUGUGUGCUGUGCUAUAUUGUGUUAACAGCUGUGCUUGUUGUGUUCGCAUAUAAAAAUAAAGAACGAAUUAAAGAUUUCUGCAUGAAUGGCCCUGUUCAGUUCAUCCAGAAUCGUUGGUCGCCUUCAGCCCCAGCACACUCAUCAGAGUCUGCUCCAGCCCCAAGCCUGAAAACUUGUACUUGAAUGAAUGAACAAAUGAAUGAACUUCUAGGUACUCGUGACUUUAAACUCAAUAAAAGGCAGCUUUUUUAA